AUGGGGAAGGCUUGCAAGGCUGCCACGCGCGCUGCGCCCACCAUCAAGGUGGGCAGCGCUUGCACGGGCUGGGCGUCGGAGGCGCAGGCGCUCCACUUCUUGGGGGCCCCAUGCGUGCACGAGUUUGGGUGCGACAUUGCUGCCGCCAGCCGCGCGUUUUGCACCGCCAACUUCGAUUUCAAGCAGUGGUACUCAAACGUGUUCGACAAAGAUUUCAAGGGUGCGACAUCAGUUGACAUAUUCAGCGCUGGGUUCCCGUGCCAGCCGUACGCCGCCGACGGGGCGCGCAAGGGCUGCGACGACGAGAGGUCCCAAGUGAUCGACCCCAUCUUCCAGUACGUGAGGCGCCAGAGGCCUCGCGCAGUGAUUCUCGAGAAUGUGCCUGGCUUUUUGCACUCCACCCACCAGGCUGUUCGUGACAAAAUUGAGCGCCAUCUCAGGCGCUCCGGGUACGUUAUCCACAUGAGGGUAUUGAACAGCAUCAACUUUGGCGUUCCCCAGAACCGCUCGCGCGUGUACUACGUGUGCUUGCGUUCUGACAUCAAGGGGAGCGACGCGUUUCAGUGGCCGAAGGAGUCUAAGCCGCCUGCUCUUUCGAGGUUCUUGGACAAGGGGGUUCCGUUGCCUACCACCGAGAGCUUGCGGUCCCGCAUACGCGCGGCCACCAAGGCCAUCAAGAAGCAGUGUCACAUGGAGCCUGGCGACGCCCGCAUCAUCAUUGAUGCUGCGAACGGUCGUGGCCCACACUACAUGGUUGGCAUGUCCCCCACGAUCACCAGGUCGCGCGGCUGCGACCCCAAGGCCUACGUGGACACCAAGACGAUGAACUUCCUCAGCCUGGACAGCAUCAUUCGCCUGCAGGGCAGUGACCCUGCUGAAUUCGACUUCUCGAUGCUCACGCGCACUGCGGCCGGCGAGCUCGCCGGCAACGCCAUGACGGUUUCAGUGAUGAAGGCGUUGUUGCCCAAUGUGAUCAAGCCGUGCAGUCGCGUGCCGGUGAACAGCUACCGCUGGACCGGCCUUGUCGAGUCGUGGAGGGUAUUGGAGCGCCUCGCGCGCGGGGAGAACCCGACUGGUGGCUCGUUGCCGCGGGACGAGGCAGCGCAGCAGCAGCAGCAGCAGCAGCAACGCGGUCAACAGCAGCAUCAGCCUCCACAGUUCCAGCAGGCAAGCACCAGCGAGUCGGAGGAGAGUGAGCAGGAGCAGAUCGCAAUCGUGAGCCCGAGCCCGCCGCUGCGCACGCCUGAGUCGCGUGUGGGCCGGUACGCCGCAAUCUUCGCCCACGGCAGCUCUCCUUCGUCCGCCUCGCCUGCCAACGUGCUGAGUGCUGCGACGAUCCCCCUCGCUGGCGGCCGCUCGCAUCUCGACCUCUCCUUGGGCCGACCAGGGAACAAGAACAAGCGUCCGCGGGAGACCUCGUCGCACAAGGCUCCCAGGGACAAGCACGCCCGUGCAGUGCACAGCAGGAACGCGUCGACCUGGCGUUGUGCACUCCCGAUAUCUGAUCGCAGGCCAUGGCUGGGGUCGUGGCUUAUCAGUGGGAAAAAUCCUACAUCUGGCUGCUGGGGCGUCGGUUGUAAGGUUUGCGCUGUGUUGAAGUUGCCGGGCGAGUACGCCACUUUCAGUGUCAGAUCCCACGCUGGCAUGGAUAUUCGCAAAUUCAGAAAGCAUGCAGAGUCCAAAGCGCACAGAGAUGGUGUUUCCAAGGUCUUCAAUAUCGAGGGCGGCUCAACAGUGACAGCACCUUCUGUUGAGGCGUUCAAGCUGGCCCUCAAGAAUCGCAGGGAUGUUCGCCCAUAUUCAGACGGCAAUGGAUGCGAUGCGAAGUCAGCUUGGAAGGCGAAGCGCAUCGCCUGGUGCCUGUCUGAGGCGGUGCUGGAUGGCGACAGAAAGUUUCUUGCAAGUUGCUCCUCCAUUGCGAUGCACCAGGACGUGAAGGCGCCGAGACUUCUCGUCAGGUUCAGUGCGUCAUCAUCGCGAUGCGAUCUGAGGAAGGGCGCCAUGGGCUUGACAUCGAACUUUGGGACCACAUCGUUGGAUAUCCGCAGGGCAACGAUCGAUGUGAUUCGCAACUUUUGCACGCCCAGGCUGAACCCGCCAUUCGCACGUGGCGCCCGCCCUCAGAUGGACGCAGCCAUGUACAAGCACGUCACGUCCCACGUCCACCUGUUCGACGCAGAUGGCGCGUUGACAUCGAGGCCGUGGACUGCGGACGAGUAUUUAUCUGGGACGAUGAUUGCUCACAUCACCGGCCAGGAGGCAAUUGUCCACCUCAUCCAGUACUCGCCCGACUUGUCCAGUAUCUUUGACAAGAAUGUGAAGGCGAUUGUUGACGCGCCGUUCGGCGCUCGCCGCAUCGUGAAUUUGAGGCACGCGCAGCAGCGGUUCUACGCCAUUCAGCUUCUUUCCGUCCAGCGCUGCGCCAACGUCGGGACAGGCACUCGUGUGAUAGGCGGCCCCGCGCAGCUCGACCAGGUCACUAUUUCCAGGUGUUUGAAGCGCAUGGCGAACUGGGUCAUGCUGACCAUACAGUCGCUCCACGCAGAGUUCCCUGCGUGGGAACUGCUCCAGGCCUUCAAAGUGUUCAACUUGAACAAUGGUUAUAGUUUGCUGCGCGAGCACGACAUCGCUGUGAUGCGCCUCGCCAAGGUCUUCAACGUCGAUGCGAAGAAGCUGCGUGAGCAGAUGGAUGACGCCCGCCAGUACGCCAUGCGAGUGCACAAGGACCAGAGCACCAAGGAGAGCAGUUACCAUGCAUGGGCAGCGGCGCUCAAGAAGAUGUGUGACAGGCGCAUGGCGCUACAUCAUGCUACUGAUGCGCUGCAGGUGGUCUUGGUCAGAUACGUGGCGUUCUGCGGGUGCACUACUGGCGGCGUGGAGCGUGGCCUGGGGGCGCUCACGCGCCUGCUCGGCAAGCAUCGCCUUCUUCUUGACGACCGGGCUCAGCUUGGGGAGAUCAAGCUCAUGACACACCUGGAUGACCAGGAGGUCGAUGGCAUCAUCACCAACGCCCAGGCCAUUUGGCGAGAGGACAGCAGUGCUGGCGCGGAAGCUGCCUGGCUGCGCCGCCGGGAGGCUGCCGUCGCUGCCGGCGCCAAGUCUGCCCCCAAGCGCAAAUGGGUAGAUAUCAAAAGUGAGGCUCUGGUGGCCUGGCAGCCGCCCGAGCUGCAGCAGGCGCCGCCGGGCCUGCUUGCCGCGCGCGAGCGCGGCGGGACCCAGGACAGCCAGAACACCAAGCUCCUCGCUGAUGUGAUGGAGGCGUUCCAUUAUCUCAAUGGGCUCCCAGCUUUCAAUGGAAUGGUCAACGCUGCUCCACUUGGUCUUGGUGACGGGGGCCAGGUAGCCCCGUUCAAUGAUGAUGUUGCCAUUGGCGCGUUGAAGGGAUCUGACACUUACAUAUGCGGUGGUAACUUGUGGUGGGUUGAUUUGGCGUACAAUGUGCAACCAGGUGUGCCAAUCAGCCACAAUUCCAUUGAACUCAUCAAGAACGAGAUGUUCGGCGGCGGUCCGCCUCAGGUCUUCCCGCAGACUAUCACUGUUGCCAUCAUGAGUAAGAGCGACCAGCUGUCGUCCGAAUUUGGGCGGUUGGUCAGGGUCAGUCCCGAGGAGCUGAUCUAUGGAUUCUACGUGGCUGCAGCGGCAGACAUCAAGAACUUCGAUGGUGAUUCUGAUCGUGCAGAGGCGUGGCGCCGGUGCGCGCUGACAGUUCCACUUGAGUUCGUCUACAUUGAAAAUGUUGACUUGCGCUACUGGGAAGCUGUGAAUCUCCGGGAACGGCUGGGCACGACCUACGCGUCCAUGUACCGCUCGGCAGGUAAACGAUGCAUUCUCACAGUGCAGCGCGUGUUCGAGAUCGCCGUGUGGAAGCAGGCCGAGGAGCGCCGGCUCAAUUGCGAGAUGUCUGCCAAGCACGCGGCAGCCGAGUGGGCGAAGAACGCCAAGGUCAGCAGCGCGGGCGAGCAGAUCACCGAGGGGUUCGUGGAUGCUGCGCUGACGGUUUUCUUUCGCAUUCUUGUAGAUGAUGAGUGCAAGGCCAUUAUCAUGGACGCUGAGAACACUUGGGGGAAGAAAUCGCCAUGGGACAGCGUCUACAAGCUCGAGGCAGUCGCCAAAAAGUGUGGUCAGGGCGAAUCCUCGUUUCCGAUUCUCCGGUGGGUGUUGCACGCGGUGUCAGACCAAGUUGUGAAUGGCAACCACCCUGCGUCAUCGUUCAGCGUGCGGGCGCUGAGUGGCAAGGGCGUGGCCAACAACAAAGGCUUGGUUGAUUUGUUCAAGUGCAAGAAAUUGAUUUUGGUGCACUGCUUGUCCAGCAUUUUGGGCACUCUUGGUUGGAGCCCCAGUGAGAAGGAGGACGUUGCCUCGUAUUUGCAGUCCCAUGCGUCAUAUCGGGCCAAUUUUGGGUACGACGCCAAUCCCACCAGCCGGGUGUGGCUCCACAAGCACAAAGCUCCGCUGCAGGAUUUGAUCAAGCUGUUCGCUGAGCUGGUAUAUGGCGUGGAGCACGACGGUGCGAUCAAGAACGCUUGCCGCUUCGGGAGUGCCAUGGAUGAGCUCUUUGAGAGGCAGGAGCUGAAGGAUAAGCUCGAGAAGUUGAUCGAGCAGUCGCACGCCCACCUCGGCACUGUGCCGGAGUCGUCCCGCGUGGUGCCAGAAGAGAUUCCUGCCGACGCCGCUGCGCACUCAGUGGCCAUGGGGUUCUCCCUCCCGCAGGGCUCAUCUGGCACUCUGGCAGAGCGUUUGGACGCGCAGACCGACAGCAUGAGGGAGGUCCUUGAGAAGAAGUGGAAAAUGUUUGAGAAGCUGAACUCCCUGGACGACCAGUCGAAGGAGACCCUCGAGGACUUGGAGAAGUCAGCCCGUCAGAAGGUGGCGGACCACGUGAGUCUCGUGCUCGAGGGCUCGUCGGCGCAGGCCAUGGCCAAGCUGUUCAGCGACACAUUUGUGGGUGGCCUCCGGGGGGGCGACGCUAAGAAGGUGCUCAUCGUGUACGAUAACAAGCAGGCGGGCGAGUCAGCCACGUUUCCCCACAUCCGCUUGCCGUCGUUCAAGACGGACCGCCUCAAGAAGAUGAUACCACAGCCUGCGGCUGAUCCGCCUGUUGGGAGCGUGAAGAAGCGGAAGCGCCACGAGGCCGAGUACGAACCUGUGACUUUCCAUUCGAUGCUGGAUAUCAUUCCAGCGGAGCUGCUUCACAGCUGCGCGGCGCUGCGCGCCGGCGCCGCGUGGGCGUCGGCUGGCGCUGCCUGGCCGAUGACGAGGCUGGCGUACCCAUGCAAAGCUGUGAUCGACCUGUGCCCUGCAAGCCCAGAGUGGGCGUUGAAGUGCAUUGAGCUCGGGAUCCCAUACCUUGGAGUGUGCUACACUGAGCACCACGUGAGCAUGUACAACAACAUCCUGGCGCACCGGGUGUUUCUGUGGUUCACAGAGGAGUCGCAUUCCUUCUACAACACGAAGGCCGCGGCCCUCAUCAAGGGCAACUCCAAGAAGAAGGGCGAGGGCCAUGGCGACGGCGAGGAGGAGCCUGAGGAGGAGGAUCCGGACCCAGACGCAGAGGAGCCUGGCCCCAGCGGCAAGAAGACUGGCAACAAGACGGGCAGCGGCCGCAAGGGCAAGGCGAGCAAGCAGGGCACCGGCAGCAAGGGCGACACGGAGCGCGAGGAUCUCAUGCGCCGCCUCGAGGAGCUCGGGGGCGAGUCCCCCCCGGACAGCGCUGGUGAGGCGCUCAAACAGCUCCAGGCCCCUUGCGUGCAUGAGUUUGGAUGCGACAAAUUGACAGCCAGCCACAGGUUUUGCACCGCCAACUUCCAUUACAAGAAGUGGUUCUCGAAUGUGUUCGAAGAUUUCAAGGGCGCAGUAUCAGUUGACAUCUUCUGCGCUGGAUUCCCGUGCCAGCCGCACUCGCAGGAUGGGCGGCGCGAGGGGGGGCAUGACAGCAGAUCCAACGUGUUGAUCCCAGUUCUCGAGUACAUCCGGACACGUCGUCCUCGUACUUGUGUCCUGGAAAACGUCAAGGGGUUCAUGACAGAUACCUUCCAGGACAUCCGCCAGGCCAUGGUGGUAACCAUCGAGAAGGCUGGGUAUCACGUUCACAUGAAGGUCUUGGACAGCCUCAACUACGGCGUGCCCCAACAUCGCGAACGUGUGUACAUCGUGUGCUUGCGUUCUGACCUCCCUAGGUGCGACGCGUUCGAGUGGCCAGAGGAGCUCCGGACGCCACCUCUGCGAUCGUUCUUAGAAAGGGGGGUGCGAGUGCGCAUCACGAAGCCCACCCAGGAGCGCAUCAAGCGUGCCAUCGAGAAGCUCGUCACAGACCAGCCGAACGUGAACGCGCGUGCUACUGACGUCAUUGUGGAUGCGCAGAAUGGCCGCACGAAGCCGGUGUACAUGGUCGGGGCUUGCCCGACGAUAACGAGAAGUAGGGGCGGGUGCGUCAGGGGCGACAUGAACGUGCGGACCAUGGCGUUCCUCAGCAUCAGGAGCAUCGUUCGCCUGCAGGGCAGCAACAUGAGUGAAUUCGACUUCAGUGGCCUCUCGCGUGCGCAGAUUGGCCACUUGGCAGGCAACGCCAUGACGGUGUCAGUGAUGAGGGCACUUUUGCCCAAGGUGAUUCAGGCGCAGCACGCCCGCAACGUGCUGGUGCCCCCGGUCGCCCUGACCGAGUCCGAGAUGAACUUAGGCCUGCGCUGGCGCCGCCGGUGGCGGCUGCAGCGGCCGCUCAGCGGCGGCUGUACGGUGUCGGAUUACGCUGUGUUCUCAGAGUUGGAGGACCAGUUAAAGGACGAGUUCGAUUUUUGCCUCGAGGCAUCCGCGAUGGACCGCCUCGCCGUCACACUGAGCGAAGUUGGGAGCCCGCCAGUCUUCGUUCCCAGAAGUGUUCCUGGCCUUGUGUCAAAACGAGUUCUUUGCAUGGACUUCGUGCCAGGCUUGUCACUGUCUCAGCUUUCGAAGCACGAUUCGGUCGUGGAUGCAACGGUUGCUAAAGUCGUCGGGCGACGAAUCUUGAGCUCGUUGACCAGCGCUUUUGGGAAAAUGAUCCUUGAGGAGGGUUUCUUCCACGCAGACCCGCAUCCUGGCAAUGUCUAUGUCAUGCCUGAUGGCACUCCGGCCCUCAUUGACUUUGGCCAGGUGAAGCGCAUCGGCUACAAGUUCCGCCGAGAGUUCGCAGAGCUAGUUCUUCUCGUGGCAGACUGCACGGAUACGCAGGAAGAGUACGACGCAGGAAUCAGGCUUGGGCAGCGCAUGGGGGUCAAGUUUUCCGAGUCGGCCGAUGAGUUAGCCCCAGUAGCCCUCGGCUUGUUCGUGCUGGACUGGUCCAGGCCAGAGCUACCCGGCGGCUACAGCGCCUACGAGCUCUCGCCCAGGAACGUCAUGAACGACGUCACGUACUUCCCACGGGAGUGGGUGCUGACGUGCCGGGCGAUGCAGCUCAUCCGCGGCCUGGCCGAGCGCCUGGACGUGGAGUGGUCGCUGCCCGAGAAGUGGCGGGAGAGCGCGCGGCGCGCCCUGGGCCGGGGCGCGGGCGGCAGGGGCGCCGGCGCCGCCCGCAGGGGCUUCUGGCACCGCGCCCGGAGCUGGUGGAGCGCUCGAGGCGCGCCGCCGGGUGGCGGUCCGAGCGGGUCAUGA